CGCGACGAGGUGCGCCAGAUCCAGCGCGGGUUGGAGGCGAUGCGCGCGUCGUUACCGGAGCUGCGCGCGGGAUGCCAGAGGUUCGCGGGCCGCGCCGAGGAGAUCUCGCGCGCGAGGGCGCUCAACCGACGGACCCUCGCGGCGCAGGGCACGCUCCUCGAUCUCCUGGAGACGCCCACGCUGCAGGAGACGUGCCUGCGUCACGGCAACUACGACGAGGCGCUCGAUCUCGAGGCGCACGUCGAGAAAUUAGCGGCGCUGCACGCGACCGACGUUCCCGUCGUCGCCGAGCUCGCGGAGGGGUCCAAGCGAUCGUCGCGGGUGAUGCUCAGGCAACUCCUCACCAGGCUCAGGGGCGCCAUCCAGCUCCCGGAGUGCCUCCGCAUCGUGGGCUACCUCCGGCGGAUGAGCGCGCUCGACGAGGUGGGACUCAGGCGCACGUUCCUGCGAUGUCGAGAGGGCCACGUCGCCGACGCCGUCGCCGACCUCGACGACGGCAACGCGUACGAGUACCUCAAGCGACUCACCGAUCUGCACAGGGUGCACCUCUUCGACGUCGUCAUGCAGUACCGCGCCAUCUUCGGCGACGGCGCGGAUGCCGACGAGGACGACGGCACGGGUGCCGAGGGUGCCGAGGGUGCCGAGGGUGCCGACGGCGGGCUCCUGUACGGCUGGAGCGCGCACAGGGUCGGCGAGUACCUCGCGCUGGUGGAGAAGACGCUGCCGCGAAUCGACGAGGGCGGCGCGCUCGCGUCCGUCAUGGAGCACUGCGGAUACUGCGGCGGCUCCCUCGCGAGGGUUGGGUUGGACUUUCGGCCGAUGCUUCCGCCCCUCUUCGCGGACGCCGCGAGGGGUAUCUUCACGCGCGCGAUGGACACCGCGGCGGGGGAGUUCGAGCGGACGGUGGAGACGCACAGGUGGGCGACGGCGCCUUCGUCCGCGGCGGCGAGGGCCAAGGAACGGGAGCGCGACGGCGGCGACGGCGAUAACAUUUCCGCGCCCCCUUACGCGUUACUCGAGCACGUCCCCGUCGCCGCGCUCACGAACGGGAUCCUCGCCGCGCUGAACGACCUCAGGCACUGCGCGCUCCCGCAGCUGCGGCAGCCGUUGGCGGAUGAGCUGAGGGCGUGCGUCGAGCGAUGCGCGCACGCGUUGAUGCGGGUGGAGGCGCGACGGUUUGGACGAAGCCCCGGCGAGGAGGACCCGGACGCGGGUACCCGCGCGGCGUUCACGGGGGCGUGCAGGGCGCUGGCGGAGGUGGCGGCGCCGUACCUGGAGGGAUGCUACGGGCGGGUGUUCAGGGGUGGAGAGAAGCUGGUGGACGUUCGGGGUGCGGUGGCGGGGCUUAAGAGUUCCAUCGUCUCAGCCGGGCUUCGGGGUUUGGGGUAACUUUUUAAUAUCGAGAGAGGGCAUCCCGACG